UACGCAACGCAAUCGCCAUUUCCAUCCCCACCCCACCUGCCACACUUUACCCCCUUUCUCAUUAUCACUCACCGUUUCCUCCGCCCCGCGGCGGCGCGUGUGCACACACUUAAAAUGGGUCAGGCGGCGUCCGCCCCCGCCCACGUUUCUCUCACCGGCGGCUCCGCCCGCCUCUGCAAUCCCAACCUCGAGAUUCACCCGAUCCGAUCUGUUUCCGCCGCAUCGGAAACUUUCCCCGCCGAUCCGCCGCCGGAUUACACAUCCGAGAUCCCCGACGAAUGCCUGGCGCUGAUCUUCCAGUCCGUGAGCUCCGGCGACCGGAAGCGCUGCUCCUUAGUCAGCCGGCGAUGGCUCGCCGUCGAAGGGCAGAGCCGCCAGCGCCUCGCCCUCAACGCCUCCGCCGAGGUGGCGGUUCACCUCCCGGUUCUCUUCAACCGGUUCGACUCCGUCACCAAACUCGCCCUCCGCUGCGACCGGAAAUCGGUCAGCCUAAACGACGACGCUUUGACCCUAAUUUCCCGGCGGUGUCGCAACCUCACGCGGCUGAAGCUCCGCGGCUGCCGCGAAAUCACCGAUCAGGGGAUGCUCUCCCUUGCCACAAACUGCAAAUCUCUCCGCAAAUUCUCCUGCGGAUCGUGUAUGUUCGGCGCCAAGGGGAUGAACGCGCUUUUGGACAACUGCACCUCGUUGGAGGAGCUGUCCGUAAAACGCCUCCGAGGAAUCAACGACGGAUUCGCCGCCGAGCCGAUCGGCCCCGGCGCGGCGGCGGCGGCGUCGCUGAAAUCCAUCACGCUCAAGGAGCUCUACAACGGCCAGUGCUUCGGGCCAUUGAUUGCCGGAUCGAAAAACCUAAAAACAUUGAAAAUUUUGAGAUGUUUAGGCGAUUGGGAUCGAUUGCUCGAAACAAUAGCGGUAAGAAAGAAUUGCCUGUCCGAAAUCCACUUGGAGAGGCUCCAAGUCAGUGAUUCAGGGCUAAUGUCGAUCUCCAAAUGUCCUGAAUUGGAGAUAUUACAUUUAGUUAAAGCCCCGGAUUGCUCUAAUGACGGCAUCGUUGCAAUCGCCGAGAACUGUCGGCUUUUAAGGAAAGUUCACAUCGACGGAUGGAGGACGAAUCGAAUCGGCGACGAGGGAAUAAUAGCCAUUGCGAAGAACACGCCAAAUCUCGUCGAAUUGGUGCUAAUCGGAGUCAAUCCGAGCUCGAUAAGUUUGAUGGCAUUGGCGUCGAAUUGUCAGAAAUUGGAACGUUUGGCGCUCUGCGGGAGCGAGACGAUCGGCGACGUUGAGAUAUCGUGCAUUGCCGCGAAAUGCACGGCGCUGCGGAAGCUUUGCAUAAAGGCUUGUCGGGUGACGGAUUCGGGGAUCGAGAGGUUCGCGUUUGGAUGUCCGAAUUUGGUGAAGCUUAAGGUUAAGAAGUGCCGUGGCGUGACGGGGGACAUCGCCGAUUGGCUUAGGUCGAGGCGGGCGGCGCUGUCGGUGAAUUUCGACGCAGAUGAGAUCGAACCGGAGGCGUUGGACGCGAGCACGAGCGACGGCGCGAUCGACGAUCGCGUCGAGUUCCCGGCGAUCGUUAGCGGAACGGUGAAUGUGAGCGACGUUGCUUCGACGAGCAAUGGGACGCGGCUGGCCAAUAAUAAGUCGAGGUUUAGUAUCUUCGCCGGGAGGAGUCUCGUCGCUUGCGCGUUUAGGAGGUUGUCGAGCAGCGGCAACGGCAACGGUAAUGGUAAUGGCGGAUCGAAUUUUAGGUAGUUUUUGGGGAUGGAUUUGAUUGAUGAUUGUUGGGAUAUUGUUUGUUCUAAACUACCCCAUUGUUGUUAUUGCAUUGUUUUGAUGUUUUGUUGAUUUAACCAUCUUGUCAAAACUUGAACAACCCUUUUUACUACAACAAUUCUAUGUGUUUAUUUUAUUUUUAUUUUAUUUUAAUGUUGUGUUUGGUUGUUGGCAAUUUGUCUUGUUACAAUAUAUUAUUAUUAUUAUUAUUAUUAUUAUUAUUAUUAUUAUUAUUAUUAUUAUUAUUAUGUGUAUUGUUUGGUAGUCUUGUAGGGCAGCAGCUAAGUUUGAAUAGAAAUGAUUUUUGUGGCAU